AAUGCCCUCCGGAGACGUUCAUGUCCGGUUGCUUUACUUGAAUGAGGAGCCUCGGGAUAGUGAGAUGACCACGGACACCUCUCCCAAGACAACGCGAGCGCGCAGAACUCCAACCCUGAGCGUCCUGGAAACGAUUCAUGAUGUCCGCGGAGCUCAAGAGGAAUUCGACCUUGAUCUUCACGGAUUCUGCUAUAUCAAAGCACCAUUCAGCUUGGAACAUUGGGCAUCGGAGCAGGAGAUACAGAAGGAUCUUAUCCCGAAGAUCGGAGAGUUGUUGCGCAACGAACUCGAAGUCUGUGAUGAAGUCCACAUUGUCGAAAUCAAGNNGUCGAACCAGCAGCAACACCCUCAAAAUGGUUGCAGUGAAUUGGUCCACGUCGACUACACUGCGUCAAGCGUAAAGUCACUAGUGCGUCAGAGAUACGAGAUAAAGGCCGACUGGCUUCUUACAGGAAGAGUCCGCCUGAUCAACAUGUUGAAGCCCGUUCAGGGUACUGUAUCCAGGUCUCCCAUUGCAUUUACGGACGGCAGAGAGGUCGAUACGCUGAGAGAUAUCUCCAAAGUCGAUACGGGCACACCUAUGCGUCACGGACAUUAUCGUGAUGGAUAUCGUUGGUACUAUAUGACUGAGCAAGCUGAAGAAGAUGUUCUCUUGUUCAAAACAUAUGACAACGACCCGAGCGUUCCUUCGACGGCAUGUUUAAACACAACCUUUGACGUUCCAUAUACUCCAGCCGAUACGCCAUCCUCCAAGACGAUCGAGAUUCGAGCCUUGGUGUUCACGUAUCCAGUCAGCAAGCAGAUUACGCGUCAUCUGGGUUCAGAUGAGACUGAGUCGUUGAAGAGAAAGAUCAAAAUUCCUUCGGAUGAAGUAUCGCAUAACCAAGCUCUAGUCAGAGCAGGCUUGGACCUUCGUCAAUGGGAGUCUAGUAACACAGCAGAACGAGUGCGUCAUCUCAUCUCUGACCGCGACCAUUCCCGCGCCGAGGCUCUUUCCCUGGGCAUGCAGCUCAACUACUUGGAGAGCUGGAUCAUGAGCCUCUCAUUCUCGGCAUAC